CGGGUGGCACGAGCACGACGGCCGUGACCCGGCUCUGCAUCCUUGGCUGGCCGUCCGGAGUGCGGGCGCACACUGACAACGAGCACUGAGAGUGAGAGAGCAGCUCGCGCCUCACCCAACAAGGUUUCCUUUCCUUCCUUCCUCGGUAAGCUGGCUGGGAUAUCGAUCGGAUCAGGGGGAACCGCCCCGCCGAGCUCCGGAUGGCGACGGCGCGGCCGCUCGGCGUGAGGCUCCUCGUCGGCGCCGAGGCGCCGACGCCCCUCCAGGAUUCGGCCGAGGACGCCGCGGCCUUCCUCGCCCUGCCGGUCAGCCUGCUCGGCAAGGAGUGCCUGAUGGACAGCGCCGGCAACCUCUACGCCAGGGUCGAGGCCCUGCCCCGCGCGGGCGCGAGCGCGGGAGAGGACGCGCUCCUCCGCGCGCCGGCGGGCGCGGUCGUCGUCGGCUCCGCCCAGCGCCUGCUCGCCCUCGCCGGGGCAAUGAGAGUGGCGGAGCGGCUGGCCGGCCGGACGGCCCCCGCGGACCGCGCCGAGCCGAGCACCGCGGCCGACAUGGACAUCGACUCCGGCGGGGACGCCGUCUCGUCGAGCCAUUCGGGCAGGGAUUCGGGCGCCAAAAGGAGGCGCGGCGGCGGCGUCGACGAAGCGCCAUGCGUGCUCCAGAGGCCCGCGAAGCGCCGGAUCCUCGCGUGGAGGGUGCGCCGGUACCGGUCCCUGGUGGCCAAGGCCAAGGCGACGGCGAGGAGGGCCAGGAUCCGGGCGGUGAGGAGGAGGGCGCCCGCUUGGAAGUGCGUCCAGCGGCAGCUCGCGCGCGCCACCCUGAGCUGCGACGGCCUGCACAGAUGGAGCCCCGGCGGCGCCGGCGGUGGAGGAGGAGGAGCUGGUUAGCAAUAGAAAGAUCCGCUGGUAACUAAAUCAGCUCAAUCCUCAUGCUAAUUAGGGAAUGGGAUUAGCACCCUAGCAUUUUGUUUUCCUACUCGAUUAGACAGUGCUCCUUAUCCGAAUGACAGGGGUGCUCAGCUCAAUUAGGUUGGUCUUUUGUGAUGUUAUCCAAUUGCGUGUAGAAAUUCCAUCUUAUGCUCUGAAAAACUUACUAGUGGGGAAUUAAGCAAGAAUUUAGGCUAUUUACUA